AUGGAGAAGAUAGAAUCUGCCCUUGACGUGCUGUCACGCGCUGCAACUAUGGUGCAACCAUGCCCUGCAUACCCUGCUAGUGAUUCAGACGGCUUCGAAACGCCGAGUACGAACAGCGAGUCUGAAGGCGACCGUACGCUAUCUCCGGAAGGACCCAGGACGCCGCAAUCCAAAGAGUUGACUGGGAAGUGGCGGAGGGAGCGUCGGUCGACGCGCCUGCCCGAUUACAGGCCCAAAGACAAUUGCAAGAUGGCGCUGCGCUCGCAGUCUUUCAACGAGCGGCGACUCGCUCCGUCGGUGGCUCGCGCUCAACCGCAUAGCGACGGGGAACUCUCCGACGAAGUAGAAGAUUCGCCAGCUAAUAUAAUAAUUAACGGAAAAGCUCCUCCUGAGUAUCCUGGGAAAUACGAAGCACCCAUCGACAUGCGGUUGCGAUCGAGGCCUGCACCGCCUCCUUACAACCGACCCUCUGUCAUCACCAAAAGCAACGACACACCUGGUUCGAUGUCGAUGUGUGAUCCAGUUAUAGACGAGCAUUUUAGACGCUCGCUCGGAGAUGACUAUAUGAAUUUGUUUAAGAAGAAUUCGGAAAACGCGUUGCCCGGUCCUAAACCUAACACCAAGGAUAGAGCGAGCAGCCCGAUCCAGUUCAAAACGGAGGAAUCGCCUAAAUCCACGAAAAUCAUCGCAAUGGAAGUCGACGACGCGAGCAUGUCUGUAGACGACCACUUUGCUAAGGCCUUAGGUGAUACCUGGCGGCAAAUACAAACUUCGAGGCUAAAAGAAGGCGAUACAGCGCAAACAUCAAGUAAUGGAGUUGUCGACGAUCACUUCAGCAAAGCUCUGGGCGACACGUGGAAGAAGAUACAGUCAUCAAAACACAAUUUAGAGGAGAAACCUAAAGAUCAAACAACGAAAAUAGUCUCUAGGAGCGGCGUCGUUAUAUAA